AUGAGCUCUCCUAGAGUAUGGCUUGUCACUGGUUCGUCAUCCGGAUUCGGGCUCGCUAUAUGUAAGCUGGCCCUCACGAAGGGCGACAAAGUCGUAGCAACCUUACGCAAGCCGUCUGACAUCGAUGAACUCGCCAGCGAGUACUCCUCAGAUGUUCUGCUUGUCGUAGAAGUCGAUGUCACGCGCCCGGAGGACGUCACGAACGCGUUCCAGAAGGCAAAGGAGCGCUUCGGCAAGGUCGACGUCGUUUUCAAUAACGCCGCCACUUCCCUUAUAGGCGAAGUCGAAGCAAUACCUGAUGCCGACGCUCGGCGCAUCAUGGAGGUCAACUUCUGGGGCGCUACUACUGUGAGCAAAGAGGCUGUAAGGUUCUUCCGUGAAGAGAAUCUUCCAGGCGUCGGAGGUCUGCUGCUGAACAUCAGCUCGGACCAGGGCCACGUUUCCGUCCCCUGCUUAGCCCACUACUGCGCUGCGAAACAUGCGCUUGAAGGCCUCACUGAAGCGCUCUCAUACGAGCUAGACCCCAAGUGGAAUAUCAGGAUCUGUCUUGUGGUCCCGGGUGGCUUUCGUUCUGAGAUUAGGGCGAAGGCGUUGACGGUGCCAGUCCAUUCUGCGUACUCGGCAGUAGAGUCCAUCCAGCAGAUUCGCAAGUUUCUGAACAUGACCUGGGACCCCAGCCGUCCAAUGCGCAUAGGCGAUGUCGGCAAGGCCGCGGAGAGGAUCUACGAAGCAUCAGCGCUUGAAGCCCUGCCGAUGAGACUUUUCUUGGGAGAAGACUGCGUUCGGCGCGUACGAGGAAAGCUUCAAAAAGUGACUGAGAACCUUGAUGGGUUCGAGAAGUGGUCCCAGGGCCUCCUGGAAGAUUAA